AUGUUCUUGUUUCAGGUUGCGACACGACCUUGGAGCCCGGAUCAGGGCAAGACGCGGGAGAUGACCAAGCUGUGCAACCAUAAGAGGAAACUUUUGCUGCCGACCACGGCGGCCGGCAGCCCUGUUGCAUCCUGUACACCGGCGGUGUCCUCCUCGGCUUUGUCCGCCGGCCAGCCCGCAACCGCGAUCCACGUGAACGCGGACUCGCCCACAUCGCCUGACAAAGCCAGGAAAGAUGGUCUGAACAAGAAGAAGAAGAGGAAAAUUGGAGGCAUAGGAAACAUUUUCUCCGGAGUCUCGGUCUCGCAACUUAUGGCACAACGCGAAAGGGCUAUUGUCGCGGCAUCUGGAGUGCAAGGAUCGCCAGUGCCAAAUGGAUCGCAGGUGUGGCCAAUUGCGAUUCCAAAUUUGCAAGUUCAACAAACUAAUCAGCAGAUCUGUCAUCAGACACUAAAUUCGCCUUCGCAAACUCAAGAUAUAAACGGCUGUGCAACGAGAAAUCCUCAGCAAAGGUUAGGUCAGCAUAAUAUGUCGGGGAUGCUAAUGGGAAAUUCGCUGAUCAUGAAUCAGCAAGGCGCUAAUUUUAACAACAUGACUCAGCAGCAACAACAGCUGCUGCAGCAGCAGCAUCAACAGCUCAUAUUACAACAACAACAGCAACAGCAGCAACAACAGCUUAUGCAACAGCAUAUAUCUCAACAGCAACAGCAGCAACAGCAACAGCAACAAACGCAACAGUUGCUACCUCAUCAUCAGCAGAUGCAACACAUGCAAAUUUUACAGCAGCAUGAACAGCAACAGCAUCAAAAUACGAUCGUUAAUCAAUUACCGCAGCAACAAGCUUCGCAUUAUCUGAAUCAGUUGAAUCAGCAACCGUUGCACGUGAUGCAGCAACAGGAACAUUUGAACCAGCAGCAGCAGCAGCAGCAACAGCAGUUGCACAUGCAGCAAAUGCAGAAGCAUAAGAUGCAGCAGCAGCAACAACAGCAGCAACACUUGACCCAAGAGGUUGAGCAACAAGUGGGCAAUUACAAUCCUCAGCAUUCGUCGGAGAAUUACGUGCAUCACAUGCAAGCCUCGCAAGUCACCGCUCAGUCUACGCUUCAUCCGCAGUUGCACCAAAUUCAUCAACAUCAGCUGCAGCAACAGACCCAACAGCAUCAAGUCAGUCAGCACGUGAUGCAGACUCAACCGGCUGAUCAUUUUCAGAUGCAGAUACAACAGUUGCAGCAACAACAGCAGCAUCAGCAUCAGCAACAAGUACCUCAAGUGUGCGUGCAACCCCAGUAUCCGAAUCAACAGUUGAAUCAUCAUUCGUUGGACGUGAUGCAGCAACAAGCCCCUGUGAUGAACGCUGCUGAUAUGCAGAAUAGACAUAACCGUGCACCUUCCGUGACGGAUGAAGAUAUAACUGCGAAGCAAAUGCAGCAACAACAGCAGCAGCAGCAGCAACAGCAGCAGCAGCAGCAGCAACAGCAGCAACAGCUGCUGUUGCACAAUCACGCGGUACAACGGCACCAUGUCGUACAAAAUGGAAACCUGUCGAAUAAUUCGCACGAAAACAUGCAACGAAUGUAUACUCAGAACCAGGUUCAGUAUCCUGUGAGGAAUUUCGAUACUUCGAAGGGAACUGUUGUAGAUGUUAAACAUCAGCAACAAUACGCUUUAUCUAAUGUAGCGGGAAGGAGCCCGAAUACCAAUCAUGCUGUUGAAGCGCAGCCUGGAAUGGGACCAAACGGGCAGCCCGGUAAUGUGCAUUUCAACUCGAGAACACCGCCUUGGCAACAGAAUCGGUCAGCCUCGGUUUCUCAUCAGCCUUCCCUCGUCACGGUCCAGAACAUCACUUGCAACUCCUUCGAUCGUGUUCCACCUCUGCAUCAUCACAUUCCACAAGCGUCUACCUGGACCGACGAAGUGGCGCGCAAGAAGGCCAAGUCGAGCAAGAUAAUGGUGAAGAAGCAGCGUCAGCACAGCGUGACAGACGUUAGGAAUAACAGCCUCGAUCAAUCGGCUUCCAGUCCUAUCGACGAGUUCAACGAAAAGAAUCAACAGAACAAUAAUCAAAUAGGUUCAACUGUGAAUAGCAGUGGUCCAUCGUUCUUGGAGGAUCCCAGUGGCUACCUUGCACAGCAGACAGCUUUGUUGAACAGCACGAUAUCGAGGCAAACCGGUGUCAGUAGUUCUCAAGUGGGAAUCGUGAAUAACUCGAAACCUCCGCAAACGAACCACGGAUCGCAUUUGCCUAAUAACACUUAUCUUCCACAACCAAAGCCUUCCUCCGGCGCCAGCCCCACGAGCACAUCGACGUUCAACUCUGUGAAAAACCACGCGACCUCGCCCGUUGUCGUGCACAGUAGCAUGACACCCACUUCGAGUAGCGGAGGGACAGAUUCAGAGAGUAGUCCUUGCCAGGGUUGCGUUACGAGUGCCGAUACCCAAUCCUACGUGCAGGAUCAAUACAAACAGCAGAUGCAACGUCAGUACCUGAUGCAUUCAGAUCAACGCGAUGAUCCUGUCACGUCGUCCACGUUUGGGGAGCAAUAUCAGAACAAUCAACAGCAGACUGACUCGAGGCCGAUCCAAGGGGGCACCGUGAGUACCAGUCACGGAUCUCCAAUCGGCACGAACAGUCCAGCGAAUUCGGACACCCCAGCUUCGUCGACGCCUGGAAUAUCUCAGCCAGCGACCCCUCAAAGUCUCAUCUCGUCGCAACCGUCGACGCCGCAUAGUUACUCGCAACCGCCAACACCUCAUUCGCAUUCUACGUCUGGUCAGGUGCCAUCUCAACCUCUAACGCCUCAGGCUCAGCAACCCUCACAGUCUUCAGUGAGCAGUGUUGCGCCAGAGCAACGCGCCGAAACGCCUUGCUCUGCUACAACGAGUUCAAAUGUAGUUCCUUCUAGUACGACGUCGUCGCAAACAUCCACCUCCGGCUCAGACGGCAUGACGCCUCAAAUAACGAAGAGGCAGGCCACUAGACAAUCGUCCCUGGAUGGUUACCAGCCGCAUCCGCACACUGUGAACGCUGUUUCGAGAGUACCUAUGAAUCACUUUGCUGGUACAUCGUCGGUAAUAACCACAAUGGCGAGUGGGCAUACGGUUAGCAGUAAUACGAUCACGUCUGUGUUAGCUGGGAGAGCGAAUACCGCCACGGUUUCAAUAAACACGCCUUCCGGAAUGCCGAAUCCUGCUAUACCAGAUAUACUCUCGACUAAGCCGCAGCAUCAAGCGUCAUCCACGACCCUGACGAAUGUACCGACAACUGUCAUUGCUACAACCUCCUCUCUUCCCAAUAGCCAACCAUCAAUAGCAAUAAGUGUCUCGAAGUCACCGUUAGAGAUGGUUCAAAGUGUCGUUAGCAGUAUACAGGUACCCCAGAACAGUACCAAUUCGCCAGUACAACCGCAGAAUCAGCAACAGCAGCAGCAACCGACGCAACAGCAUCCUCAGUCCAAUGUCCAGGUCCAUAACGUUCUUACCUCUGGUGGAAUAUUGAAACACCCUGCUGGAUCGACCUUACCUCCCGGUCAUAUAUUAGUGUCCAACGGCGGUCAGCUUAUAAUGGCUAGCACAGGGUCAGGCAUCAACGGUGUAAUGGCACCGCCUCCUCCAAAAAUCAUUUCCAAUUCCAACUCUAUGCCGCCAUUAUCAGUGUCGCCUAUGGUGACCAGUGUGACAGGCGCUGUCAGCCAGGUGAUCCCCGCAGUGGGUGUAGCCCAGCAAGUUAUCGGGCAGCCCACGGUGCUCGUGAACACUAUUCAGACUCCUGUACUUAUACAACCUGGCGUGAUGACGAUGGACAGUAUUGGUCAGAAUGUUCAAAUACCGCAUCUAACCGUGGCAACUGGGAACGUGAUACAGAAUGCUCAGUCGAUCCUAGACGCGAAUCAAGAUGUCGCGAGGAACGUGAGUGCGAAUCAAGGAAUGGUGAACCGACAGCCAGCGUUACUGUCACCCGAAUCGGCGAUGAGUAAAAAGAAAGCGUACAAGAAACGAAAGGCCAACCCGCAGACAGUAGCCUCGAUGUUGCACAUUGCUUCGUCCCAACAGAACGCUGGCAUGUUGAUGCAGUCUCAGUCGAACUUCGCACAGCAGAACUUCCAGACUCAGAGCAUCGGCGGGCCCAUGUUGCAGGCUUUGACAAUUGUCCCAGGAAAGGGCGGAGCACCGGCUCAAUUGGUAAUGAACGGACAGGCUGGUGCUGCCUCGGCACAGUUCAAUGCCCAGCAAAUCAUCACGAAUCCUCAGCCUGCUCAGCAGAUCAAUCUCCUGCAGCCGAAAAAAAGGGCUGCUGGCAUGGUUCAAAAUUUCCCUACCAUUCAACAGUUCAUCGUUCCCGGUAUAGGAAGCAUGGUCAUGUCUGCUGACGGGACGGCUACCUUGCUGCAAGACACAGGGAAUAUAGGUAUGCAGCUGCAGAUACAGAACGUGAACGGUCAGAACGUGUUGACCCCAGUGCAGAGUCACAGUGGAAUAUUCAAUCCGAGUCAAAGCAUUUUAGCAGCUGGUCCUGCUGGAAUGGUCAUCCGUGCACCGCAAGCAACCGGUGGCAAAAUUAUUCAGCAGCAUAGUCCCGGCGCACAAUUCCUCUCGCCGAAUAGUGGCCAAUUCUUGGUUAAUGGGACGACGUCGUUUGGGAAUCAGUUGAGUCCGAUAGUAGCCAAUGUCAGUCCAAAUCAGCAAGUGACUUUCAAUGCCUCGCAAGUGCGUCCGACGAACAUGCAGGGCCAGCAGGAGUUCAUACAGAUGAACGGGCAGACGUUGAUGGUACCGUGCGGGACAGCGCAAAAUAUCGCUGUCUCUUCAGCUCCUAAUCAACAAAACACCACGUUCGUCCAGCAGAAUACCACGAUAGUGCAACAGCAAACGACCAUGGUGUCUAACAAUCAGAUACCUAAUUUUCAAGCUGCAGCUCCUAAUGGAACAGCCGUUGAUCCUUCGUUGAACAUCGACCAUAAUCAGUCGUAUAUCUUGAGUUCUGGGAUGAUUCAGGGAAAGGCACCCACUUCGCCGAAAAGCAGCGUGAAUUCGCCGUCGUCGGAGCAAAACGUUGAACAGCAGCAAUACGUUCUCGCCAGCAGUAGCACGACUGUCGUUGAGAAAACAGCUCAACAGAGCGACCAGCACAGUCCGCUGAUGGCGAGACACUCUGUUUCGACGCAGACAGCUGGAAACCAAGCGAACAUGGCUCAGUCGGCUAUGAUGAGGCAAGGAUCACCGCCGGACACUACCACGCACAGCCCGGGGAACAGCCAAAGGUCGAAUAGCCCUGCUGUUGACACCACAACGCAUGGAGCAGCUUCACCUGCACCACCUAUUACUGCUAGGCAUCACUCGUCGUCUACGCCAAUGGUUCAUUGCGUGUCAAGUAGCGAACCGGACUCAGGCGACGUGCCAGUGGCGUCGGAAGAUUGGAGAAUUCAGGGUAUCACCACGAAAGAAAUCACGCUUAGUCAGCCGGGUCUCCAUGGGAAGACUUAUGUGGAGUCGACGGUGACUACUGGGAUCCAGAUCUAUACGUCAGAGACGUUGAAGCAAGCGGAAGGUGUGGUGAGCACAGUGAGGUGCGAGGGCAGGGAACAUGCCCUCGGCCGCGGAAUCAAGCGAAAGCUGGACUCCAUCCAUUCCAUGCAUUCUACCCUGCAUGAAGACCAAGAUGUAGCCGAGGCAAAGUCGGAGGAGAAGAGCCAGAGGAAACUGGAAGUGGGUGAGCUAGUGUGGGGCGCCGCAAGAGGAAGUCCGGCCUGGCCGGGCAAGGUCGAGUCUUUGGGCCCACCGGGCACCAUGACUGUCUGGGUCCGUUGGUACGGGGGCGGGGGCGGUCGGAGCCAGGUCGAGGUCAAGGCUCUCAAGUCCCUCUCCGAAGGCCUCGAGGCGCACCACCGUGCGCGAAAAAAGUUUAGGAAAAGUCGUAAAUUGAACAUGCAGCUGGAGAACGCUAUACAGGAGGCGAUGGCAGAGCUGGACAAAGUGACGGAGCCCAGUAAGGACCAGAAAGCGACGAACAGAUCGUGCAAGGUGACCGGGAGCAAGGGAUCGGAGAGCAGUGGCGCUUCGAAGCAAGAUGGCAAGAGGUCGUCGAAGAAGUCUGUCGCGUCGUUGAAUCCUGUCGCGGCAGAGCAGAAGCAGUGUCGGUGAUCCGUGUCGAUCGAUACUUGUACGAGCCAACUGAAGUCACGAUCAUGAAUUUCUCUGCGAACAGAGAGCCCUGUCGAAGCUUCGGCGUUCGCGCGCCUCUUGUGGUUGAGAAACACUGACACGUGCCACUUGUUCUACGUUGUUUUUUCGACUCCUCGCUGAACCACUCGUGGCG